CUACAAUAUGUUUAUUACAUUUGUAAUUUUGUAUUGACUUUUAUUUAGUUCUGGCCUCCUGGGAGACGAAAAUUCGUAUAAAAAUCUAAAUAGUUUAUAUUGUUUAUUGUUUUUUCUUUUCAAUUAUUACUACAUUUUUAUUCGUGAUUUGUGGAUUUUGCAAAUUGUAUGUUGUAAUAAUAUGUUUCAAUUUUUCUAGUUUUUUGUUUGUGUUAAAUAGAAUAUUCAUUAACAUUUAUUGAAGAGGAUUAAUAGAAGAAAAAUGGAUUAUAAUAGUAUUGAUGAAGAUGAUGUUGAAAAAUUACGCCUAGCUGCACUUAUGACAUUCAAAAAGAAAUCUAAUUUGCCAAUAAAUGCAAUAAGUAGUACUUCUGGAGAAUUUAAUAAAUUUGGAAAUGGUAAUUCCUUUAAUAACUCUGCAAGGAAUAAUAAUAGAGGACGCUUUCCAGCGCCAAAUAGACUGUAUAAUAAACGCACAUAUGCUAAUGUUGGUUUUCGAAGACCACCUCAUGCAAACAAUAAUUUGAUUGCUAUUAUACCAAUGGAUAGCGAUGGUGAUUCGCUAAAUGAUUCAAUAUCCAAAAAUUUACCUAAAAAUAUUAAUUCAAAACAUGCAUCUACUUCAGAUUCCUCCAAAUUAACCAAUUUUCAGAAUAUAAAUAAUGAAGUUUCUACAAAAUUUAGCAGAUUAGAUAAUGAAUCUGGUUCUGAAGAAAGUGAUGAUAGUGAAGCAGAAGAAGAUGGGAAAGAAGAUUCAGAUGAUGGAGAUGUCUUAUUAUUGGGUGAAGAAGAUGAAGAUUUAGAUGAUCUUGAUAAAUUAAUGGACAUUAUGGAGGCUGAAAUUGCUGGUGGAGACGUUAAAUCAUCUAAAAAAGAAAAAAAAAGCUUAAAACAAAAAAGUAAAAAAGAUAAGAGUACUGUAAAAAAUAAAUUAAAUGCUAAAACUAAAAUAGAUGAACCUCCUAUAAUUACUAAUCAACCUAAGAUUAUUGAAGAUACAAAACCUCAACUGAAUCUACCCGAAGAAGAAUUAGAAUCUAUAAAAACUUUAGAUGAAAUAAGAAACUUCUCAUCACAAUCUAGUUUAUUGAAAUCACGUAUACCUUUAAGAUCUCCAUCACCACCCAUUAGAAAACGAUCAAUAUCUCCUUAUAGUAAACUUCAAAGAAGGUCACCAUUGUCAAGAUCACCAAGAAGAAGAUCUCCUUCACUAGACAGAUAUAGAUAUUCACCACUACGAUCAAGGCCCUAUCGUAGAUCUUUAUCACCACCUAGAAGAUCACCUAGACGUAUGUCACCUUUAAGGGAAAAGAAUCUUUCUCCGAGACGAUUUUCACCUCUUAAAUCUCGUUAUCCUUAUCGUUCACCAUCUCCAAGAAGAAGACGCAGAUCUUUAUCACGAGAUGUAUCACCUAGUAGAAGACGGUUAUCACCAUUAAGGAGAAGAAGUAGAUCUCCACACAAAAUUAAAUCUAAAUCAAGAUCACCUAAAGUACGACCAGCUGUUAGAAGAAGAUCACCUAGUCCAUUAAAAAAAGUUAUAAGGUCAAGACCAAUAUCUCCUCUAAAUAUUCGGCGUAAAGAUAGUAAAAGUAUAGAUGAUGAUCACUUAAAGAAAAGAGAAAAGAUUAAAACUGUUGAUAAUCCAGUGGAAUCGAGACUAAUAGAUCCAGUUUUAGAAGCAAGAAAAAGGAAAUUUGAAUCUAAUAAGCCAAUUGAACCAUCAAGUAAAAAAAUUAUUUUGAAAAAAUCAAAUUCAGUUCAAGUAGCAAUUCAAACUGAAAGUAAAGAAACUCAAAAUGAAAUGAAUGAAUUAGAAAUAAAACCAAAAACUAACCACUUAGCUAAGAAAGUAAAAAGAGUUGCACAUUCCUUUCCGGUUCCAAAAAAUAUUAGCAUAAAAAUGAAUAACGACUUGGAAAAUGUACAACUGAGAAGAGUUAUAAAAGUAAAUGCUUCUGACAAAAUUUGUAAUAAAAAGCGACCAAGGAUUGUAUUUGGACAUGAAGAAAAAAAUGAGACACUUAUUGAAGAAGCUGAGAAGUUUGAUCAACAUACUAAGAAUAUUCCUAAAUCAAAUACCACUGUAACAAAAGUAUUGCAUUCUGAAGCAGUUGAAGUAUCUAGUGCAUCAGAAGAAGAAUUAUCAGAAGAAGAAAUAUCUGAGGAAGAAGUAUCUGAAGAAAAUGUAGAUGAAGAAAGUGAAAAAGAAGAUGGACAAGAUUCCAGUGAUAGUUGUGAGGAAUAUAUUGAAGAGGAAGAAGAGAUUGCAGAACUUCAACCAGGAAUCGAUGAUAAAAAGGAACCUUUGCAACAUAAUGAUACAGUUGAUCUUAGAACAGAACUAAAACGAAGAAGAGCUCUUCGGUUAAAUAUGAUUCAAGUGGAAGUUAAAAAGAAACCAGAAUCAUUUUAUCCUGCGCGGUUAUUACAGUCAGCUAUAAGAGGUGUUGUUGGUUCAAGCAGUACUAAUGAAGUUAAAAGAAAAAAACAUUCUAAAAUCCCAGAAAUUAGCAUAAAAACAGAAAGUAACUCGGAUGGUCGAAGAGUAAUUGUAAUGAAUCGAGAUAACACAAAGACUGACAAUGUUCAUGAAGAUUAUAAUGAUGCAGUAGAAUCAUAUGCCAGUGUCAAACGUCUAAAGGGUAAAUUAAAGAAAGCACCAGUACGUUUGAGGACAACAGGUGUUAAUAAUGAUAACACAAAUCAAAAAGGACUAAGGAAGAUCAUAAAACGUAACAUUAAUGUUACAAAUUUCGAUCAGGUAUUUGAUGUCCUAAUCACAUGCAUUUUUAUCCUCUUGGUCAAUUUAUUAUAUGACCACUAUUUUGUUUCCAAUUCACUAUUAUGGUGUUCUCUAAAAUUCAAAUUAAUUGUAGUUUAGUAUAUUCUUUCUGGAUCAUAAUAGCAAUUAAUUAAUUUUUAUUCAUAGAUGUAUAUUAUUUACAUUCCAUUCUUCAAAUAUUAUAAUUUCUAAUUCCUGAUAAGUGCAAGCUAUUUUAAAUUUUUUAGUUUAAUCUUAUUGGUAUAAAAAUAUGAAUUUAGGACGUAAUUAAGUGUGUUCUAUACUUAAUUCAUUUAAUAUAAUAAAAUACUGAGAAAUUAUGAGUACUGAGUAUGAUA